AUGUCUACUGUGGAUACUGCCCACGAUGACUCGCCGCGUGGCUCUAUUACGAACACUCCAGGCCAGGCACUAACAGGGAAACAAGAGCAUUACCUGAAACGAGAGCUCGUAUCUGAGCAAGUUAAUUGGGAAAUAUCCGAACUCAAUUCUCCUACCGCCCUCCGCCGUUUCGGCGCACCCUUCAGGUCUGAUUUCGGGGAGGUGUCACCCUAUGAUUCCGAGCUCCCUAUCUUACGUUACAUAUUCGUACACCAUGUGCGAGAGUUCCCCUUCCUGGAUAAGGCAAGAGAGAAAGAGUUCUGGCAGGACAAACUACAAGUCUUCCUCGAGUCGUUUGCUAGCAAGAAUAUCUCAUCUUCCGAGGACAGAUUAGAAGAGACGAAACGUCGCAAACUAGCUCUAAAAUGUCGAAAGCUAGUCGAACUAAUGAUGGUGUCGGGUGUUCCCACAGCCUCUGGGUUCGAAGAGCGAAUAAGAUUUGCAGAGAUGGAAAUUGUUGACCGAGAUGCGAUCGAUACUGGAAUGCUAAACACCAUUCCAGAAGGAAACUAUGUCAACGGAUGGGACGUUAACGUUGCUGGAGUGCGCAUCACCCACAUCAAGAGGAACAUCAGACGACAUAAGCAUGCGGAAUUCAUAUUACGCGUCAAGAGAAAGGGCGAGCUUGAACACUACGUAGGCAGACGAUAUGGAGACUUCGCCAGAUUACAUAGACAGCUAAGGACUGAACUCCCAGGCAAAGUCCUCCCUCCGUUACCGAGGAAGAACAAGUCGGACACGCCCGCAUCGGGCUUACUGUCUCGUAUGACCGAUGGUGCUGACUCUGAUACUUCAUCGAUUUCAUCGAUCUCCACCCUUGCUCCUCCGUCCCAGGGCAAUGGGCUCACGGAGUCCAUGAAAAACCUGACAGUCCGUGAUCAUCGUCGAAAUCAGUCCACAGCCUCAAGCCGUAAGUCGCCACGCCCAUCUAUGGAUGGCGCUUUAAGCCCGGUUCCAAGUCCUAAAUCUGAGAACGCUACACUCUGGCGCGAGAGUCAGCGCAUAUCGCUUCGGGCAUAUUUACGAUAUCUUUUACAUAAUCCUCAGAUUGCGCAGACCAAAACUCUCCAGCAUUUCUUGACUCACGACCCGCUUACGCCAACUGAUGAAGAUGUUGGUGACAUUGUCCGGCGUAAAGCUGUUGAUCGAAAGCGUAUGGAAGAGCAGAGACAGUUCUAUGAAAUAGCGAGGAAGAGAGCCGCGGAGUUGGACGUCUACAUGGAACAGUUCCGUCAAGAUAUUGUCGAGCGUAACGGAUUAACAGUGCUUCUCCAGGAGAUCAAAGACAAGGAAACUAUCCAGGAUCUGAGCCUUCAGUACCAGAAAUUCGCCGAAUGGCUUCGUAUCGAGGUGGCCGCCACCAUUUACCACCUUUUCCUCGCCGAGGACAAUUCGCCCGAGUUGUUUGCGCAACUCAAGCGUAUUCACUCCCUGAUCCCGUACACUAUAAUGAAGAAUGUGAUCCGGAUUGCGAAUCCUGCUGCUGUCAUGUCUGGUGUGCUCGAUAUAUUCUUAGCGCAGCCUUUCGGAUCACGAUCUCUCAUGCAACGCAUCUUCUCCUUAACUCUCAACGACGGAAUUAGAAGCCAGCAGAAGGCCAUUGAUGCUGUGGCUUCUAAAAUUGGAGACAGCGUCUUUGUAGAGAAGCUCGGGCAAUUCACAGAAGCCGAUGAGCACAUCAAAGUCGCAAUUCGAGAAGAAGCUGAGUCUGAUGACGUGGAUAUCAUUGUUGCCGUAUUACGUUCUGAACUUCUCACACCGGCGCUUACUCCCGAGCAAAUCGGGAGAUUAUAUAACGCCUAUGUCGCUUUCAACAGCGCAGUAGAGAACGUUGAUGAGGAGUUAAAACAAGGCGCGCAACUCUUCUCUUAUCUCAAGCAGUUGCUGAAACUGCAAACUAGACAGCGCGACAAGGCAAUGAUGCUUAGCCUGAUCGAAGAGCCCGUUACUCUGCAGCUGCUUCGCGAUCUCUUCACCAUCUUUUACGAACCCCUUGUCAGAGUGUAUAAGUCAGCCAAUGUGUACAACAGCAUUACAGACUUUGCCGUUUUUAUCGACGACAUGAUUCAGGUGGUCGAGAAGUGUAGAGAGCAAGAUGCAUCGGCAGACCCAAAUCAAACGGUGCAGGCCUUUAUUGACCUAUGUCAACGCCACCAGCACAAUUUCUACAAAUUCAUUCAUGAGGUUCAUACGCACGACAAUGGCCUUUUUACGCAGCUUAUGGGCUGGAUAGAAGGCAUUCUAGAAUUCUUAAGAAAGGGGCCAACAGGUGGAGCAUUGGACAUCAACGCUCUGUUCGAAGGAGGCGUUGCAAGCGGCUUGGUGGACAAGGAGAAGGCAAUCGAAGAGAUCAACAAGCUCAUCGCCUGGCAAGAGGCUCGCAAGAAGUGGCAUCACGACAAGACUAGACAAAAGAUGGCGGCUGAAGGGUCAGCAGGUAUGGAGACUGGAAUGCCGAGUAUGGCUAGUUUCCAAGCCAGUGAUUUUGGCCUCAACGACAUGGACAUUGAAGACAUGGCCUACGACGAUGGUUCUGAUGAUGAGGCAGAGGCAGAGGAGGAAGACGAAAUGGACCCGAUCGAGGCUGAAAGACGAAGGAGAGCAAAGAAGCAAGACCGUCUCAAGGCGCGGGCUGGUGAGCCAAAGAAACCAGAAGUGAGCGAGGUGCAUCAUUUGAAGGAAAACUUCAUCGAGAUGUUACGGCAAGUUAGGAGUCAUGGUAAAGGGCAAGGAUACCAACUCGGAUUUAUUGCAUUGGUUAGGUACAUACUACGGGUAGCAGUUACCAGACGGUUGAACCUCGCCCAGCAUCAUCACUUUUUUCGCCUUUUACCUUUUGCCUUUUUGCACUUAGCCAUUCCCCGAACUUGCAGGACAAGACAAGUACUUCCUCAACCCUGUUCUUCCCCCUCCUUCACAAAUCCCUCUAUUCACAAUGGCAUCGUCAAUGGCAUUGAAGAGGUUAGCCAUAGGCUCUACUCGCCGAUACACCUUAGCAGCAAAUACCCUGUCAUCGAUCACGAAUACGAUGCCAUUGUCGUUGGUGCGGGUGGUUCCGGAUUGCGGGCGGCAUUCGGUCUUGCGGAAGCCGGAUUCAACACGGCCUGUAUAUCGAAGCUCUUCCCCACCCGAAGUCAUACAGUCGCUGCGCAAGGUGGCAUCAACGCUGCGCUAGGAAACAUGCACGAGGAUGACUGGAGAUGGCACAUGUACGACACUGUGAAGGGAUCGGAUUGGCUUGGUGACCAAGAUGCCAUCCACUACAUGACGAGAGAGGCCCCCGCGUCCAUUAUCGAGUUAGAGAACUACGGAUGUCCGUUCUCGAGAACGGAAGAUGGUAAAAUCUACCAGCGCGCUUUCGGUGGACAGUCGCAGAAGUUUGGAAAAGGUGGCCAGGCAUACCGCUGCUGCGCUGCCGCCGAUCGAACCGGACACGCCCUUCUACACACCCUCUACGGUCAAUCCCUUCGACACAGCACUAACUACUUCAUUGAGUUCUUUGCUCUUGAUUUGAUUAUGGAAGAUGGAGAAUGCCGCGGCGUUUUAGCCUACAACCAGGAGGAUGGUACUCUUCACAGAUUCCUUGCCCACAACACAGUUUUAGCUACUGGUGGAUACGGCCGAGCCUACUUCAGCUGCACAUCCGCACACACUUGUACCGGUGACGGUAUGGCUAUGGUUGCUCGUGCCGGACUUCCCAACCAGGAUCUUGAGUUCGUCCAAUUUCACCCGACUGGUAUCUACGGAGCUGGUUGCCUGAUUACCGAAGGCUCGCGAGGAGAGGGUGGAUAUCUGCUCAACUCCGAGGGAGAGCGGUUCAUGGAGCGAUAUGCGCCUACCGCUAAGGAUUUAGCUAGUCGUGACGUCGUUUCCCGUUCCAUGACUCUGGAGAUUCGUGAGGGACGAGGUGUUGGCCCUGAGAAGGACCAUAUCUACCUUCAGCUAAGCCACUUGCCUGCCGAAAUCCUUGCCGAGCGUCUUCCCGGUAUCUCAGAGACCGCUGCCAUCUUUUCAGGUGUCGAUGUUCGCAAGCAGCCCAUUCCAGUCUUACCCACUGUACAUUACAACAUGGGUGGUAUCCCUACGAGGUACACUGGUGAGGUGCUUACGGUUGAUGACAAGGGUAACGACAAAGUUGUUCCUGGUCUCUUCGCUUGCGGUGAGGCUGCCUGCGUCUCCGUCCAUGGUGCCAACCGACUUGGCGCCAAUUCUCUGCUAGAUCUUGUUGUCUUUGGACGUGCAGUUUCCCACACCAUCCGAGACAACUUUACCCCGGGCACCAAGCCUAAGCCCAUCAGUGCCGAUGCUGGUGCGGGAUCUAUCGAAGUCCUCGACCAGGUCCGCAACUCCAAUGGCCCCAAGAGCACAGCCGAAAUCAGACUUGCUAUGCAAAAGGCCAUGCAAACAGACGUGAGCGUGUUCCGUACACAGGAAAGUUUAGACGAGGGUGUGAGAAAGGUCACGGAGAUCGAUGGCACAUACUCUCAGGUUGGAAUUAAGGACCGCAGCAUGAUCUGGAACUCGGAUCUGGUCGAGACUCUCGAGUUAAGGAAUUUACUGACUUGCGCGGUCCAAACCGCCACUUCGGCUGCUAACAGAAAGGAAUCUCGUGGUGCUCAUGCUCGGGAAGACUAUCCUGACCGAGACGACGAGAAGUGGAUGAAGCACACUCUUUCGUUCCAAAGGGAACCUCACGGCAAGGUCGAACUUGGAUACAGAAAGGUCAUCGGCACAACCUUGGAUGAAAACGAAUGCAAGGCUGUCCCGCCAUUCAAGAGAACUUACUAA